CCAAGAAAAAGCCAUUGUAGCAAAGAAAAUUUAAUUAGCAAUUCCAGAACAUUCAUGGUGGUUGUUGGCUUGCAACCUAUUUAAGUGUGGUGGUGCUCUCUCACUCUUGCCUGCAAUUUGCAAUUCUAGGGUUUUCUCUCAAUCUCCCUAAAUAUCAAAUCUCAGAUGUUUUAUGUUGCUGCAACUUGCAAUAUCCUUGUUUUGUACUUGAAGCCCCUUUUCAUACACUUGUUUCCUUAAAUCAAUUACAAAAUCUGUCCGUACCAAUUAUUUCCUAUAUCCAUAUUCCAUCUCCUCUCUCUUAAUUUUGAAAGAUGGGAAAAGUUGAAGCGGCGGAGCAAGAUCUGACGGCGGCGGAGCAAGAUCAAAACCCUAGCGGUUUCGAUCCGAUUGUUGACAAGGACAUGUGGCUUGACAUGGACGAUGCCUCCAUUUUCUGCGACGAUUUCCCUUCGCUGCCGGAUUUCCCUUGCAUGUCGUCCUCGUCUUCGUCUUCCUCCACUCAGCCUGCGCUGAAGCCGAUCGCGGUGACCUCCUCGUCUUCCUCGGCCACAUCGGCCGUGUCGUGGGCGGUGAUGAGGUCCGAUGCGGAGGAGGACAGCGCCGCAAGGAUGAGCUUCCAGCAGUUUCAGGACGAGGUCAAGAUGGACGGCGGCGCGGCGCUAUCCUCCACCGCCUCCGAUGCUGACAUGAUGGAGAGCUUCGGGUACAUGGAUCUGAUCGACUGCAACGAGCUCUGGGACCCCUCGUCUGUUUUCCAGAGUGAAAACCCUCAGGAAUUGGUGGAGGAGCAGGCGCCGGCGGUGGCGGAGGAUGAGACUGGCGGUUUGAGCUUCCUGCAAGGGGAUGCGGAGCUGGCGAUGAUCUUCUUAGAAUGGCUGAAGCAGAACAAGGAUUACAUAUCUGCUGAGGAUAUGAGGAGCAUCAAGCUGAAGCGCUCCACCAUUGAGAGCGCUUCGAAGAAAUUGGGGACCACCAGUGAAGGAAAGAAGCAGCUUCUAAGGCUCAUCCUCGACUGGGUCGAGCAGCACCGUCUCCAGAAGAAGGCCGCCCCCGCACCUUUCCCCUUCCAUGAGACUGCUCAUUUUGGUGAUUCGAUCAAUCCAAACCCUAAUUUCAUUUACAAUCCUGAUCCAAACGCGCCCCAGUGGAUGCAGCCUCAGCAGGAGGUGGCUCUGCACCCAUCUUUUGCGCAGCCGAUGCCGAUGAAUCAAGGAGUUGUGAAUGGCAUUCCGUUGCAGCAUUCGGCGGAGUAUCCAAUGAUGGAGCACGCGCCGUCGUGGGCGAUGCCGCCGCCGUUCCAGCAGCAGCAGUUCAGCCCCUUUCCUGAGAAUGGUGGAACCGUUGUCAACCGGUACGGUAAUCCGUACCAAAUGUAUGAUCCGAAUGGGGAUAGGGUGAUGAGACUCGGGGCUUCUGCGACGAAGGAGGCGAGGAAGAAGAGAAUGGCGCGACAGCGGAAGCUGUAUCCGCACCCUCACCGUCACUCUGGCAGCUCGAAUCAGCAGCGAGACAGCCAGCUGCACGAUUCUCGUGGGGAUGAUGGCGGCGAGCAUGAUGGUUCUCUGGGGGAUUGGGGGUACUGGGCCCAGGGUGAAGGUGUCGACCCCUCUCCUACGGCCGGGCAGCAACCGAAUUCUGUGGAUCAAGCUGCUGUGCAGCAGCAGAACGGCCAACGGCCGGCUGCUGCUUCUGAUCGGAGGCCACAACAGGGUUGGAAGACUGAGAAGAACUUGAAGUUUUUGCUGCAGAAAGUGUUGAAGCAAAGUGAUGUUGGUAACUUGGGAAGAAUUGUGCUGCCAAAAAAAGAGGCUGAAAGCCAUCUCCCAGAACUGGAAACAAGAGAUGGGAUUUCCAUUACCAUGGAAGACAUUGGAACCUCUUGUGUUUGGAAUAUGCGUUACAGGUUUUGGCCUAACAACAAAAGCAGAAUGUACCUUCUGGAGAAUACUGGGGAUUUUGUGAGGGCCAAUGGACUUCAGGAAGGAGAUUUCAUUGUCAUCUAUUCAGACACCAAAUGUGGGAAAUAUAUGAUUCGAGGAGUCAAAGUGCGACAGCCGGGUGGCAAAUCUGAGGGCAAGAAGCCGGCAAGGAGAACCGUACGAAGCCUAUCAUCGCUCGGUGGCAACAGCUCCUCCCCGCUUGCUCCGAUCAGACAGGCUAUAAGAUGAAUCUGGUAUGAGGCCGUGGAAAGGUGUAUAUGUUCCAACUGACAGAGUUUGGGUUUAACUACUUGUGUUGUUCUUCUAUGAAUAUUUCAUGGGUCCUAAAUCCUAAUAGUGGUACAUAAGCAUUUUGGCCCUCCUAGGUUAUUUUGCACCUUCAGCAGCAACCACAUCCUUUGCUGUAGUAGUUUUUAUUUCUAUUGUUAUUAACAAACACCGAAUUAAUAAUAUGUAAUCUCGUGUCAAUAAGUUGUUUGUUAUCAGAAGAUCAUGUGUUCUUAA